AUGAGGGCGUACAUUAUUUUUAUGGGGUUUUUAAGUGUUCACUGCAGGGACGAGGAAAAGAUAAUGAAAGCUUGUUACUGGCCCAACGAAGUAUUCGAGCCUUGUUUCGGUGGAUGCGCCGAGAUCUCUUGUGACAACCCUCGAAACCACUUACGACCCUGCUACCCUUACUGCGAGCCUGGUUGUAUCUGCGAAGAGCCUUACGUGAGGGAUGACCGUACGCAUCAGUGUGUUCUACCACACGAUUGCUCACCAACUCAAAUGGGUAUACCAGUGCCAACAAGGCGAUCUGGUAAAUCUUCUAUGAAAUAUAGCAGAUCUCAAGCCCAAAGACGACAAGGUAGAGGCGAUGAAAUGGAAUUAAACGAGACAGAAGCUCCACAUCCUGAUGAGAAGCAAAAACCUGAUGUAUCCAGGAUGGGGAAUUACUUUAACAUCGUGAUUGCACCUCCACCAAUCAGGGCAUUGCAGCCGAGGAAAUUAGUACCGGGAGACGCAUUUCGAUUGGCUACCAAAACGAUAUAA